UUGCACAUUUGCAUUUCUUUACAGACUUGAUACAUUAUUGUAAUCGUAGAUUCAGUGGUCCUCCAAAGCAGGUAUUUUGAAUACUGUAUUAGGCUACUGGAGGCCUAGUGUGUGGGUGGAAAACUAGAGCACAUAGCCUACCAAAUGUGUGUUAAACAUGACGCUUGAUAAUCAACCUAAUUCUGCAUUGCAGAUCAAAUAGUAAAAUGGCUGAGUAACAUGGGUGAGAGAAUAUAGAGGCAGUCCACUUGCAAUUGACAUUUUAGUCAUUUAGCAGACGCUCUUAUGCAGAGCGAUUUACAGUAGUGAGUGCAUACAUUUUCGUAUUUUUUUUUUUUACAGUUCUGGGCCACUACGGGAAUCGAACCCACAACCAUAACGUUGCAUGUUCGAGAAUGCUCGAGAAUUCAUAUUCAAAUCUCACUUUAAUUUUCGACCUUAAUACGUGGGAUUAAAUGUCAGGGAACGUUGAGUCGAAUGGUCCUUUGCAUUUUAGGUCGUUUUCGCGCAUAGUUUUGAGCUAUAGUUCAAAUCAGAGUUCGACUAUUGUUAUUAUCGUUUGUAUUUUUUAUAAUUUGGUCCGGUUGGUUUCACAUUGCCAAAUGUAAACGAACUACAAUUCCUAAAAAAAAAAACACGUGUCCCUGCCAGUAAUUUGUUUAUUAGACAAAAAUGCUCACGUUAAAACCCUUUGUGAUUAUCAUGAAGCAUCACUUGUCGCAAUCUUCAUAUUACUUUCGCUUUGGGCUGACGGGAGGAAACAGCACUGCGACGUGAAUUCAGUAGCCUAUAUCCUUGGUAUAGCCCCGGUAUCCCCUAAUCUUCAUCGGAUGCGCUCUUAAAUGCGCUGCUACUCACCGAACGUUUCAGAGAUCUCAGGUUAUGAUGCUGCGUGUAUUUCAUCAAAUGCUCGCAGUCAAACAAUAACCAUAGUAUUUUCCAUUGUACGGACUGCGUUCUCACCAACCGCACCACGGCACGAAUUGAAUCGGAACCGAGACUACCCUUUUUUUGGCGAACCACGGUGCGUUGUUUAGUGAGCUACGGUGUGCGGAUAGAGUAUUCACACGAGUGUAGUGCAAGUCUCUUCGAGGUUUAUCAAUCAUCACCUCACCCCGUGGAGGGAAGUCCACCUCCAACAUACUUUCUGUUCAGUCUUAUAUCAUGCCUGAUACGAUCAGAUGAUAUAAUAACCUCAAUAUGAUAUGCUAUUACAUAAGGGAGAUGCAGUAUAUGCCUAUAUGUCAUGGCUUUCGCAGUGCUAUUACACAUAUUAUCCACUAUCCUGAACCCUAAACUUAAUGUAAUGAUUUAGAGGUCAUCACGUUAAAUAAAUACACAUUUAGAUGUGUCUAUUGAAUGUUGUGAUGGUAGCAGAUGUUCAUAUGAUUAAUGACUCACUCACUGCUUGUAGCAGCUCACCAUAUUGACCCACCAAGGAAAGGCAAUCACACAUUUCACUUGGCUCCUGGAUGAAACAGGACAGUACAGGAUGCAUCAACCUUCACAACACUCUCGAUAAAUUCUCUCCGUCUUUCUCACUCUAUUUCUCUUUCCUUCCUUUUUUCUCGCACCAUCUCCGUCCCUGCCUCCCUCUCCUUAUCCACCUUCACUCCUCCACUCCCUCUUUCUCAUCUCACUCCCUCUCUCAAUCCCUCUCCCCCUCAGCCAAACAUUGAUCCCUGUGUGCCACUUCAAUACGUUAAUGAACUCCCCUGUGUGUGUGGAGGCAGGGAUAGAGUGAGCAAUAAGCUGCACCUCAUGCAGAGGUGUCAUUUACCAGGAUCAAUGGCCCCUCCUCUCUCCCUAUUACCUGCUUUCUGAUGUCCCAUCGGUAUAUUAAACCAAACUUCAUUAACUUACCUUCGCCAAACCUGCACUCUCAAAAUCGUUAAGCUAAACAAAACUUGUUUUUGGCAUAAGAAGCCUCUCAUCUCCCAGUGCACCUCAUUUUCUUAAUAAACUUCGCUAGGUCAGCGUCAGCGAUUAGCAUACACAUCUGGGUCGGGAAUUGGAAUAUACGUACACAGCAGUUUUAUAUGCUGCUAUUCAGCAUUUUAAUGGCAAGCAUUACACAGAUGGACAUUUCAAUUACAUGUAAGAGUAAAGAGAUAGAACAAUGAGACUUAGUCUGUUUAAAAUGCACCCGCGAGUAUUAAUCAUUUAGACACAUCUCCCCUUAUUGUGUAUAAAUAAUGUGUAAAGCUAGAAUAUGAAUCCGGGGUUGAAGGUGAUUGGAGGUGGGUAGUGAGUGAGAGAAGGGUGAACUUGAGUCACAUCACCCUUCCCGUCAGAGCUCUGCCAUUAUUAUUGUGUGCGUGUGUGUGUGUGUGCGUGUGCGUGUGUGUGUGUGUGCGUGUGUGUGCGUCCGCGUGUGUGUGGCUUGACAUUUAUAUAAGUCAAUGGUGUGACCUUGGUGUGAAUAACAGGAGCAAAAUAUAAAUGUUGAUUAAAGCCAGUGUGUCAGGUCAGCUUUUAUAGGAAUGGUUUCCACAAACUCAUCAUUAGAAAAACCUCCCUGUUGUGUAGGCAACACUUUCCUGAGAAUUGAAAAUGGCUGUGGUAGUUUUCCCCAGACCUCACUGACUGUAGCUAUGAGCAUGAUUUAAUCAUAUCGGUGAACGUUAUUGACUGGAAACUCAAUCAAAUGUCUUGCAUGGCCGGGAUCAUAAUUUCUAAGCAUAAAUAGAUCAUAAACUCCAGUUUUACAUAAGAUAAUUAAACGAUAGACCAACAGUUUAAAUUAGGUUACGUUAGCAGAGACACAGUUACUGUACAUAGGAAACAAUGAAGUCUGGAUCCAAGUUCCAACACAUAUUGUUGAUAUGCCACUUCCGUUCUGCUUCCUGUUGACAGUCUAUGUAUCUAUAUUUAAACAGUGUGAUAUAAAAUACUCCAGUACCCGACUGCCAAAAACCUCUUGAGCCAUUAUUGGACAUAACCGUCUUCGGAAAGACCAUCGUCUGCUGGUGUACUGAAAACCAAACCCUAUUGGCACAUGGAAUACAUACAGCCAGUGAGCAGUUGGCAUGAACCCAGCUGUGCCAUUGCUAACAUUCUAUUUAUACCCUAGGGUCCAGGGGCCAUUUUAGAAGAGCCUUGUCUAUUCUUAGUUUGUGUCUAGGUCAUUAUGUGAAUGGAUUCUGCUUCUCCACACUAAGACAAAGCAGGCACCAUGCUGACCAGCAUUACAGAUGGGAUCCUGUGCUGUCUGACUGGGAAGGCUGCCAGCCUGGUGAUGCCUGUCGACUCUUCUGAGCCAGCGGACACCUUCGAGUUUGUAGAAGUGAAGCCUGGGAGAGUCCUCAGGGUUCGCCACAUCAUGCCCGAGCGCCGGGCACUAGUAGUGACGGAGGAGGACCAAGUAAAGGAGCAAGAGCAGGAGAAGGGCAGUGGAAACAGCAACAACAGUAGCAGUGUGCACUGCAAGCGCAAGAUCACUGUCUACCGCAACGGCCAGCUAGUCAUUGAGAACCUUGGUGACGUGCUGCACUCUGAGAUUGUCCAGUGCCAGAAUGGAGACCUGGAGCCCUGCAGCACCGUGGAGGUGGAACUGGCCGACUAUAAGGAAGUGCCCACAUCUCCUGAACCCAAACCUGCGCCUCCCCUGUCCAUGGUCGGGGAGCAGAAACCCGCGCCCCCGCCUCGCCGGCGCCGCCGAAAGCCCAAGCGCAUGGUGAUGAUUGACUCGGAGAGGGAGAUCUCCAGCUGCAAGGGGACGCACUCGGACGUGGCGCUCUUUUUCGUGCACGGGGUCGGUGGCUCGCUGGACAUCUGGGGCAGCCAGCUGGACUUCUUCUCGCGGCUAGGGUAUGAGAUCAUCGCACCUGACCUGGCGGGCCACGGGGCCAGCACGGCCCCCCACAUUGCGGCGGCCUACACCUUUUACGCCUUGGCCGAAGACAUACGUGCCAUCUUCAAGAAAUACGCCCGUAAACGCAACAUCCUCAUUGGGCACUCCUAUGGGGUAUCGUUCUGUACCUUCCUAGCCCAUGAGUAUCCAGACCAGGUUCACAAGGUAGUGAUGAUCAAUGGAGGGGGGCCCACAGCUCUGGAGCCCAGCCUCUGUUCCAUCUUCCAGCUGCCUUCUUGUGUGCUGCACUGCCUGUCUCCCUGCCUGGCCUGGAGCUUUCUCAAGGCUGGGUUUGCCCAUCAGGGAGCCAAAGAGAAGCAGCUGCUGAAGCAGGGCAAUGCCUUCAACGUGAAUCCAUUCGUGCUGCGUGCCAUGAUGGGCGGGCAGUACUGGCCCGAGGGGGAUGAGGUGUACCACGCUGAGCUAACCGUGCCCAUCCUGUUGGUGCACGGCAUGUACGACAAGUUUGUGCCCAUUGAUGAGGACCAACGCAUGGCCGAGAUCCUUCUGUUUGCUUUUCUGAAAGUCAUCGAGGAGGGCAGUCACAUGGUGAUGAUGGAGUGCCCUGACACAGUCAACACCCUCCUGCACGAGUUUUUCCUAUGGGAGCCUGACAUGUCCAAAAAGAACGCCGCCAAGACUGAUCCUGACAAGACUGUCAUAGUCAAUGGUGUUGUCGCCCAGACACCAAAACCAAACAAGCCCAUGGACAAAUAACCAAUAAUGAGUCUCAUUUUACAUGACCAAACCCAAUCCGAGGGCCUGUCUUUGGCAGGUGGCACGUGGUCUUAAGGCUGCUCGCAGGCUGAGAGCUGUUAUUAACUGGGCCAGAGUUUGUUGUGGAAGUGGAGGGGAGGCACCUGGUGCUCCAAGCUAGAGUUAUCUAGAGGAAUCUGACAGAGAUGCGUGUUUCUCUUUCCCCUUUGACAGCUGUCUGUGCUUCAUCAUGUGGUGUAUGUAAUCAGACAGACCUCGGGUCCAGAGGAUGUUAUUAAAACACAACAUCCAUUUGUAAUUCUCUCGAGUACCAAACUUGGUUGGUGAGUGGACCAUUGUGAACCAAAGUGAGGAAGGCAUGACCAUUAAAUGGUGUGUGGAUCGCCUUGCUACCUAUCAUCCAUUAUCUUGUGAGUAAUAUUUCACUGCUGAUUGGUGUCCUGACGAAAUGAUGAUCUUAUAAAACUGGGUCCAUAUUAUGGAUUCACUUCAAAGCGGAAAAUAAUUCACUUGGGAAACUGUGAAACUGUCCAGACAAUGCUGCAGGUAGCCUCGUGGUUAGAGGGUUGGGCCAGUAACCGAAAGGUUGCUAGAUCAAAUCCCCAAGCUGACAAGGUAAAAAUCUGUCGUUCUACCCCUGAACAAGGCAGAUAGCCCACUGUUCCCCGGUAGGCCGUCAUUGAAAAUAAGAAUGUGUUCUUAAUUGACUUGCCUAGUUAAAUAAAGGUUAAAUAAAUGUUUUCAAAAAAAUUACAAUUAAAAAAUACAAGUCAAUGAGUGACUGGUGUAUUAUGGGAGUAAGAUUUGUCAUGCCACAUUGCGAUCCAGUUUGCAUGAGGUCAUCAUCAUGGUAAUCAUCCCCUAUUAAGCAGGUUAUAGACUAAAGUGUUGACUGGAUGGACGUGGUGGAUGGAUUGGUAAUUGUUAUGGCAACAAGUUACUGCAAGACAUACACCACACACCUAAACAAAUGGGCCAUACAAGUUCAACAACCUCAUAAAAUAUAAUCAAGCCAAAGUAAAGCUGUUAAAACAUGUCCUUAAGCAAACUAAAUAUCUGUCAGUUGCAGUCAGUAUCUGUCUGUGCAUUCAUUCACACCUGCAGUCUAGGAUACAGCUUUUGAAACAUAGUGAUUCAUCUAUACACAACAUGGAGCAUUUUGCCUCAAGAACAUUUUGCGGUGUUAUCUGAUAUUAUGCAUUUAGAAACCUAUGCUUACUCUGUGUCUACGUUAUGAAUUAUCUAACCUAACUGGACUAUUUGAAGUUGCUGCAUGAAUAGGCUUUUAAGAUAUUAGAGAAUUUUCUUGUCAAUAUACAGUUGAGAAAUCCAAAAACCUCCCCUGUCCUCUGAGAGUAUAAUCUAAGUGGCAUUAUGGACAGAGGAGAAGUUGGACCAAAGCGUUGGUGAUAGGCAAUCCAAAUAAUGUAAGAGUAGUCCAUAACAAUUAUUUUUAAAUACUGAUGCUAGUUAUUCAACUAACAAUAGGGCAACUAAUUUUGCCUCUGAAUUUGAUAUAACACCAUUAUGAAUGAUGUUGUUCUUCUGUCUACCAGAUAGUAUAGCAAAGCAUUGUCCUCCACUACCCUCCAGUCAAUCUGUUUGUGCUUGCAAUGUCAAAGUUCGUCCAUGAUAAUAAGCUAAAGGACAUAAGUUUUCAGGUGCUCAUUUGUGAACGUUUUCUUGUCUCAUAAUGAGAGUGUGUGAUUUGAUCUGUGAUUAAGAAGUAGGAAGCACAGUAACACAUGUAUCUGAUUCAAUCUCUCGGACUGUUAACAUGCUUUACUCACAUAUGCAUUAUCCUGAGAAAGGAUCAGAGAUGAUUAUGCAAUUUCUAAGGAGAUGAGUUAUGAACUGUACAGAAAGAUAAUGCAUAAGUAAUGGAAACAAGUAGGUUGAGGAACAAAUGAGUUUGAAUUGGCUGUUGAAAAGAAGAUGUAUUCAUGUAGACUGUUAAAAAUACCAUGAAGUGCUGCUGAUCCAGUCUGCUUAGGCUCUGUAUAGAUUGUUCCGACAGCUAUAUGGAUUGAAGGGCGCACAUUCGCUUCUUCCGCAUAAUGUCUAAAAAAACAGUCUCUCCUAUCCAGUGUGCUAUCAUUUGUGGUUCAAAAUGUGUAAAUGUCAUUAAUGCAUUUAUUCCUAGACAUCAGAACUCAUGCACUGCCUGAAUGUAGGUGCAUACAGUUCAGAUAUAUGGACAUGUUCAGUUGAGUGUAUGAAUGUGCCUUUCCUGGCAUGAAAUAAAACAAAUGUUUACAUUA